GCGUUUACCCAAACAACCAAAAUUCAAAGAAAAGAAAGAAUGAGUCCGUUUUCAUCUCAAUUCGAAUCUCAGAUUUCUCCUGAAUCCGCCAUUGGAGGGGACCGAGAAGCUCAAAUCCUCCAUUUCCAAUCCGAGUUCAACUCCGCUGACUAUCGUGAUGAGUCGGUUUCUCCGACAGACUGGAACAACACGAAAAUGAAGAAGAAGACGAAGAAGAAGAACCAGAUCUUGCUCGAGGGCUUUGUUGAGGAUUCGGAUGAGGAGAACUUAACGAGGACGAAGAGCUUGACGGACGACGAUCUCGAGGAGCUCAAAGGAUGUGUGGAUCUAGGGUUUGCGUUUUGCUAUGAUGAAAUUCCUGAGCUCUGUAAUACCUUGCCGGCGCUCGAGCUCUGUUAUUCGAUGAGCCAGAAGUUUCUGGAUGAGCACCAGAAGGUUCCGGAACAUUCUCCGCCCGAUUUGGCGGAUUCUGUUUCCAGUCCGAUUCCGAAUUGGAAGAUCUCUAGUCCUGGUGAUCAUCCAGAAGAAGUUAAGGCGAGGCUCAAAUUUUGGGCGCAAGCGGUGGCUUGUACUGUUAGAUUAUGCAACUGAAUAGACUGUUGUGAAUGGAGAUUUUUCAAGAUUGUUAAAGAAGAUGAUCUUGAGCUUGUGUCUAAGUUUGGUCCGAUUUUGAUGAUGAAGGAAGAAAGAAGAAGAAGAAGAUUGUGAAGAAGAAUGUCUCAGGUUUGAGAUGAGGCAAUGAUUGAAUGAAUGAACGAACUUAUGAGUCUGAUUCAAUUCUUUGUAGGUUAAGAAAUUAAUAAAUUGUUCGAAGUAGAAGAACAUUAAGGAAGUGUUCUUUCUCUCAAGAUUUGGUUGCCCGUCGCUGAUUAUGUUUGCUGCUUUGUUAAUUUGGUGACUUUCCAAUUCCUAUCUUAGAUAGUUUAGUGGGUUUUAUGCAGUGGUGAGAGCCCCGUCAGAGCUUCACCAACAGCCUUUUGCUUCACACCUCUGCAUAUGCUCUGAGGUAACUCUAACCUAACUCACAAGAAUAGCUUUGUUUUCAUAUUUUUGUGACUUGUGAGUGCUCAUAAAUGCCAGAUUGUGCUAACUAUCACUUGGGAGCUGUGGGGGAGAGCUGCCUACUUCGUCUGGGUUUAUGAUGGUUAGCCCACGGCUACCUAUAUGACAUGCUUAAUAUGUACGGAAAAGUUUUGUACAAAUAUUUCAUAGCCAUGAAUUUAAAUGUUCAUGAUAAAUUCAUCAAAA